CUAGCUGUCUUUGGGAGAGAGGACUAACAGACCUGAAACUCUCAAUUAUAAGUGGUGCUUUUGCAUCUUGUGUGAGUUCAGAGAAGAGUGAUUUAAGUCAGGGGCUUGGAGCCAGGAGGGUGGGAUGCAAGUAGGAUUCAAGUAAGUGGGCAUGGAUGAGUUUGUGAAUCACCAGUUAGGAAGUGGCAGAGGUUAGGGACAGAUGUAUCAGCACAGCUGAGGAACUCAUUUCAAAGGAGGAAUUGUAAGUUUGUGACUGGUUCACAGAUCGUUGAGUUGUGUGGUUGAUGCAAAUGCAGUCUCUUGGGCUCCAGGUGUGAUUGCCCAUGGGCUGCGGGGGAGGGGAGGUGCCCAGGAACAGCCGAGGUUGCUCUAGUACUGAUGGGACACACUUUGGGAAACAUUGGUAAAGGGUGGGUAAGGCAAAGCAGAUGAAUUUCCUUCCCAUGAUAAACAGAAAUUGGGGAAAAGGCAUCUAAACUCAACAGUCUUGUGAUUGUCUCUGUUACAGAAGAGCAGGUAGCAAGCAGGUAGCCCUAAGAAUGAAGGGACUUGGGAGUGACAGCUGGAUUAGCACCUCAGCUGGAGCCGGUGUUCCUGCAGUCUUCACCCCAGGUUCUUUCUUAUCCAGUCUCUGUCACAUCUGAAAACAUAACGAUGCUCAUAAAAUGAAGGUCCCAUUCAACCUGCAUGUGCAACAGCUAGUUUUAUACCAAAGAAAGCUCUGUUCUUCAGGCACUGUGGCUCUAAGUAGUUAUCCUUCAAUGACUUGUGAUUUGUCAGACUUGGUGAGCAAGAAAAUAUGGGUCCUAAGUAAAAAACAAAAAUAACUGUUAGGACUAUUUGAAUAACAGGUGAAAUCAUAGUGGCAAAUACAGUGGGUCAGUAAAUUCCUCACAUCUGAAAACCAUCAUAUCAAUUCUCACAGAGUUAACACUUAAUGGAAAUAUUCUUUACAGGUGAGCUUUGAAUUGCUACUUCUUGCCCCUGCCUCCACCUGCCAAAGCAGCCGGACUCAAUGGACAGUGCCAUGCAGGGCUCACUUAGGGAAUGGCCCAGUCUAUCCUUCCUCCUGCCUUCUUCCUUGGGCCACAACUUGCACCCACCCGAGUGAUCAUCACUUGCAAAUAAUUGUUCACUCUAACUUUCUUUAGCUCUCUCCCCCUUUUUUUGAGGCAUAAAUAUUUCCCACCUGAUCCCAUCAGGAAGACAAAAGAAACAGCUAGUUGGUCAGGUGCAGUGAUUCUCAAUCCUGGCUACACAUUAGAAUCAGCUGGUCAGGUUUGAAAAGCACCAGUGAAGUUUGGGCCCUAUCCCCAGAGAUCCUGUUUCACUACUUCCAGGCCUCAGAAUUUUUUAAGCUACCUAGGAGCUUCUCAUGGGCCGUGGGAUGGAAAGCUGCCCCAGGGAGGUUGAUAGGUAUAACAGUACUAGCAGGACACCUGUCUCAUGGAAAUGGAAGCCAAUCUGGGAUGGAAAUCGGUGUGUUUAAUGCCUUUUGCUCCUCAAGCCCCAAAUGUAGGACAGAUCCCCACGAAGUUCUCCCGUCUUCCUCUGUUAUGUAAGCCUGCCUUCUAUUAAGCAGCAGCUUUCAAAAUGAAAGAAGAGCUGCUUUUAUUUGCUUUAGGAUUUCUGUGGUAUUGUUUCCACUCUGCUCCAGUUGAGUGUGACUCGAACGUCCUCAUGAACUAGCUCUGGCUGUGCCUGAGUGGCCUUCGCCACGUAGUUUAGCCUCUCUGGGCCUCACUUUACGGUCAUUGCUGCAGAACCCUUUACAAGUGGAGGAUUUGGACCGUCACAUGGAACUGAUGGAGAUGCACUUUGGUCCAUGAACACAUACAGUAGCCUUUGUCUUGUGGUCUGAGGAGGCCCAAUGCUAGGCUUUUAGAAGGGUUUUGGAAGAAAAAAAAAUUUUUUUAAUGAAUACUUCUAUGGGAUAAACAACUUUGAAGUGUCUCUGUUCAUCCUUGCAAGAAAGUGAUGACCAGUAGGUACACUGUGAUAAUUCUCUAUGAAUUUUUUUUUUUUUUGAGUCAGUGGGAAAUUAGAUCUGAAAAUAAAAAGCUAUCAAUGGGCAGUUGAAGUCCUCAUUCAGCUAGACUUUUACCUCCUGUGUUUUAGUUCAUAAAAAUUUCCACAACAAGUGUAUUUUGUCAUCUUUUGCUUGAGAAUAUUUUGUGGUGUAAUGCUCAUUUUUGCAAAACUAUCAUGGACCCAAAUAUUGGCUGUGCAUUGAAAAAGGCCUUUGAACAGAGGAAUGCCAAAACAGGUUAGUAAAAGUUCAUGAUUUUUUUUGCUAAUCUAAAAUUGAUUCUGAAGAACAACAACAACAAAAACUCAAGGCAUAGUUUCUUUUCUGAGUCUGGUAGGUGACCUGGCUGUAGUUAUAAGUAACCUCGCAGACACCACUCAGAGUUGCUCCGGUCUCAUUGACCUUCCUUUUUCCUUUCUGUAAUUACUGCAGAAGGCCCUUAAAACCCAUGUAGGACCAAAUACAGAAUCUAAACUCUGUGAUCACAUCACCACAAAAACAGGCUGGAGGGACAGUCCUCCUCCUCUCAGGAAGCUGCCUCCCAUGGGACCUCUGCGACACUGUAAUUUAUAGUGGUGCCUUUGUAGUUUUAAACUCAGAAAGGACUUUUCACCCGCUGCCCUUACAGAAGUGGUUUUAUAAAUGGGUGGGGAAGAGGCCAGGGAGAAGGUGCAUGUGUACAUGACCUAUUAGAUUUAAUUUUAAGGGUGAACACAUGUCUGUGGGUCCUCUGGACAGAGGGUCUGAGAGCGGGCAUGCUGUGGGCUGUGAUGGGUAUUCUUUUAUAUUUAUCUGUCGGUUGUGGUUAGGACAGAUGAGAAGCCUGCCUUUUCUGCUGAGGUGUGCUUUAUGAAAAGAGCCUUGGCUAAAGGACACGCAGCAGCUGGGAGACGAUUCCCUUCAUGGCUGCCAGGGCCCUCUCCCUUUUAUGAGCCUAUCCUAGGACACCUCAGGUAUUUGAGCUAUGACUGCUCACCAGGUGGUGCUGUCCUGCAGUGAAUGCUUAGAUACUAUGCCAGUGAGGUCAGCAACCCCAGGUAGGAAAAACCUAGGGUGCUUAAAAGCUCUCUGAGCAUUUGCAAGCUGUCACUGAACGUGAGUUGAGGCCUUUAUUUUUGAGGAAACAUUAAGCAUUUGACAUGGAGGUGACCACCUGGUUCACGUAGGAUUCUCCUCUGCACUUGGCUCAAAUGAGACAGCUGACCCUGAAGUGGAAAAAGGCUGAACUCAUCCUCCGUAUUACUCUCUGGUUUCCUUCCAGAGAAAAGCUUCUGUGCUCCAUUCUCAUCUUUGAAGUCCUGGUGAGGAAGGCAGCAGGUCUUCUAGAGCUCCUCAUUAAACAGACUUCAGAGGAGGAAAGGCCUCCACCCAGCCUUGGCAUGCACAAACCUAUUAGCUUCCCGGUGCCCUGCCAAGGUGGUUUUGUCGGCCCAAGCAUGACUGCACAUGAUCCCAUUCUUUUUGGCAGUGUAGCCCAGCAGGAUUGACUUGGGCAGGAGCCUAGUUGGUGGUGUGUUUGAACAUGGAGAGCACCACUGAAAAAGAACGUUUUCCAGGAUAGGUGUUGCAGUAAAAAGGACAUUUCCCAGGGAGAUAGGGCCUGGGUCAGUCUCGGGAGCUCCUUGUUGGAAUCUUUUAAUCAGCAAGUGCAUAUGGAGCAUCUGCUUCUGCUUGUGAUGAGAGUGAGAGCAGGAGGGUGGUGGGUGAUGCCGCCAGGUAAGACCAGCCCUGGAGAGACUGGGAGGAGGGGAGCUCAGGCGGAAUGAAGCCAGUGCUGCAACUCAGGGGCCAGCCAGGUGUUCUGAGCUCACGGAAAGGGCUGGCGAGAUUCCAUGGGGGUAGCAUGGGCAUGCAGGUGAUAUUUGAGCUGUACCUGGAGGAUGACUAAUUUCCAGAGAGGGAGAGGGGGUUUCAGGUUGACUGAAGAGAGAAAGCAGAGGUCGAGGUUGAGUGGUGUGUUUGGGAAUGGUGAAUUUUGUAGAAACCUGGGACUCCUGAGAGGUGAGGCAGGAGAUACAGGAAGGAGGUGCUCAGGAGGACUUUAGCGUGCUCAGGAGGACUUUAUCACACUCAGGGUUUGAGAGAAGUUCUUGGCACGUUAUCUUAAAUCUUUAAAACAUUUCAUAGUGGACUGGGCUGUAAACCCAUUAGCAUAACAUAAAGAGAAAACCUGAGAUAGUGGCGAUAAACCGGAUGCAUUUAGUACCUUAAGAGCAGGGACUUUUCAGCCGUUGUCCUGCUUCAGCUUGGACAGUGGGCGUCUGAAAAAGGAAUGAAUUCUCUUGAUUUUGCCCAGCCAUUGGUCACUCUGCUUUUACUGGGCUUGACAGUAUGUAUAUGUGAUGUCUUUUUCUCCAUUUACUGCUGCUUUGGGAUUUUCAGGGAGGUCAGAGCUGGUGUUUAUAAACUGUGCUGCUUGUCUCAUAGGGUAAGAGUGCUGACAAGUUUCCUUUUUCCAAUUCUCUUGCCAGCUUUCUGUGGUCAGCUUGUUGGGAGGAGCGCAUGGGCACCCCUGAAUGAGGGAGACAAUCACACUCUGUUGCAAGCAAGUGGCAUGUGGGGUGAGGAGAGUUGAGUGAGACCAGGGACGUGCUCAUAGGGAAUCCAUGCUCUGACAGACCAGAAACAAGAGUGUUGAAAAUGUUAAAGGCUGUGCUGAAGAAAAGCCGAGAGGGAGGAAAGGGAGGCAAGAAGGAAGCAGGAGGUGACUUUGGUACUGAGACUUCUCCAGUCCUGCCCCUUGGCCACGGUGGUGACUCUCCUGUGAGCAGUCUUCCCGCAGAGGACACCUAUAGGGUGAGCCUGGCGAAAGGUGUCUCGAUGUCUCUGCCUUCAUCACCUUUGCUGCCUCGACAGUCUCACUUGGUGCAAUCAAGAGCAAACAAAAAAUCCCCAGGUCCCGUCAGGAAGCCCAAGUAUGUGGAAAGUCCCAGAGUGCCUGGAGAUGCAGUUAUAAUGCCGUUCAGAGAAGUAUCCAAGCCAACAGAGCCUGAUGAGCAUGAAGCAAAGGCCGAUAAUGAACCGAGCUGUUCACCGGCAGCUCAAGAACUGUUGACAAGGCUGGGAUUUUUACUGGGAGAAGGGAUCCCAAGUGCCACACACAUAACCAUUGAAGACAAAAAUGAAACCAUGUGCACAGCUCUGAGCCAAGGCAUCAGUCCUUGCUCCACACUAACAAGCAGCACCGCAUCUCCUAGCACCGAUAGCCCCUGCUCAACCUUGAAUAGCUGUGUCAGCAAGACGGCAGCCAACAAAAGUCCCUGUGAGACCAUUAGCAGCCCUAGUUCCACCCUGGAAAGCAAGGACAGUGGAAUUAUAGCCACGAUUACAAGUUCAUCCGAAAAUGAUGACCGGAGUGGCUCCAGUUUGGAAUGGAAUAAAGACGGAAGCCUAAGAUUAGGGGUUCAGAAAGGUGUGCUUCAUGACCGCAGGGCAGAUAACUGCUCCCCAGUGGCAGAAGAGGAGACCACCGCCUCAGCAGAGAGCACGCUGCCCAAAGCAGAAUCCUCAGCUGGAGAUGGCCCGGUCCCUUACUCUCAGGGCUCCAGCUCACUAAUAAUGCCACGGCCCAACUCAGUUGCAGCCACAAGCUCAACCAAAUUGGAAGAUCUGAGUUAUUUAGACGGGCAGAGAAAUGCUCCUCUCCGGACAUCAAUUAGAUUACCAUGGCACAAUACAGCUGGAGGUAGGGCACAGGAAGUUAAAGCACGAUUUGCUCCCUACAAGCCACAAGACAUUUUGUUGAAACCAUUGUUGUUUGAAGUACCAAGCAUAACAACAGACUCUGUGUUUGUGGGAAGGGAUUGGCUCUUUCACCAAAUAGAAGAAAACUUGAGGAACACAGAACUGGCAGAAAACAGAGGCGCGGUGGUGGUUGGCAAUGUGGGAUUUGGGAAGACAGCGAUCAUUUCCAAGUUGGUGGCGUUGAGUUGCCACGGAAGCCGCAUGAGGCAGAUUGCUUCCAACAGCCCUGGUUCAUCACCUAAAACCUCUGACCCCACUCAGGAUCUUCCUUUCACCCCGUUGCUUUCACCGAGUUCUUCCACAAGUGCUUCCAGCUCAGCUAAAAUACCUCUCGGGUCUGGCAGUGCUGAAAACCAGAGACCAAGAGAGGAUGCAGUGAAAUAUCUUGCUUCUAAGGUGGUGGCCUACCAUUACUGCCAGGCUGACAACACGUACACUUGCCUAGUGCCGGAGUUUGUGCACAGCAUUGCAGCUUUGCUCUGCCGGUCCCAUCAGCUAGCCGCCUACAGAGACCUUCUGAUAAAGGAGCCCCAGCUACAGAGCAUGCUGAGCCUCCGAUCCUGUGUGCAGGACCCGGUGGCAGCUUUCAAGAGGGGAGUGCUGGAGCCGCUGACAAACCUGAGAAAUGAGCAGAAAAUUCCUGAAGAAGAAUACAUUAUUUUGAUAGAUGGCUUAAAUGAAGCUGAGUUUCAUAAACCUGAUUAUGGAGAUACACUUUCUUCAUUUAUUACCAAAAUUAUUUCUAAAUUUCCUGCCUGGUUAAAGUUGAUUGUGACUGUAAGAGCAAAUUUUCAGGAAAUCAUAAGUGCGCUGCCAUUUGUCAAGCUUUCCUUAGAUGACUUCCCAGACAACAAAGACAUUCACAGCGACCUGCACGCCUACGUCCAGCACAGGAUGCACAGCAGUCAGGACAUCCUCAGCAACAUCUCCCUGAAUGGCAAGGCCGAUGCCACACUCAUUGGAAAAGUGAGCAGCCACCUGGUGCUGCGGAGCCUCGGCUCCUACCUGUACCUCAAGCUCACCCUGGACCUCUUCCAGAGGGGCCACUUGGUCAUUAAGAGCGCCAGCUACAAGGUGGUGCCCGUGUCUCUCUCUGAGCUCUAUUUGCUACAGUGCAACAUGAAGUUCAUCACCCAGUCUGCCUUUGAGAGGGCACUUCCGAUUCUCAACGUGGCCCUUGCAUCCCUCCACCCCAUGACAGACGAGCAGAUCUUUCAGGCUAUUAAUGCCGGCCACAUCCAGGGGGAUCAGGGAUGGGAAGACUUUCAGCAGAGGAUGGAGGCCCUCUCCUGCUUCCUCAUUAAGAGGCGAGACAAAACCCGCAUGUUCUGCCACCCAUCCUUCAGGGAGUGGCUUGUUUGGCGAGCAGACGGGGAAAACACAGCCUUCCUAUGUGAGCCCAGGAACGGGCACGCUCUCCUGGCAUUCAUGUUCUCGCGUCAGGAGGGCAAGUUGAACCGCCAGCAGACCAUGGAGCUCGGCCACCACAUCCUGAAGGCACAUAUUUUCAAGGGCCUCAGUAAGAAGACGGGAAUUUCUUCAAGCCAUCUCCAAGCACUGUGGAUCGGCUACAGCACCGAGGGACUGUCUGCUGCCCUGGCCUCUCUCAGGAAUCUCUAUACUCCCAAUGUGAAGGUGAGCCGUCUCCUGAUUUUGGGAGGGGCCAAUGUGAACUACAGGACAGAAGUGUUAAAUAAUGCCCCAAUCCUGUGCGUCCAGUCUCACCUUGGCCACGAGGAAGUUGUCACUCUGCUCCUGGAAUUCGGUGCCUGCCUGAACGGAACGUCGGAGAACGGCAUGACUGCCCUCUGUUACGCAGCAGCCGCCGGCCACAUGAAGCUGGUGUGUCUGCUGACCAAGAAGGGAGCGAGGGUGGACCACUUGGAUAAGAAGGGCCAGUGCGCGCUUGUCCACAGUGCUCUACGGGGCCAUGGUGACAUUCUCCAGUACCUGCUGACCUGUGAGUGGUCGCCAGGUCCUCCCCAGCCAGGCGCCCUGAGGAAGAGCCACGCCCUGCAGCAGGCACUGACCGCAGCUGCCAGCAUGGGUCACAGCUCGGUGGUCCAGUGCUUGCUGGGGAUGGAGAAGGAACAUGAAGUAGAAGUCAAUGGCACCGACACGUUGUGGGGAGAAACAGAUGAUGUAACCCCUGCGACUCAGUUACCUCAACUCAGUGACAUGGACAUCAUAAUGACAUCUGGUUCAAAAGCCCUGACUGCUGCCGCAGGAAGAGGGAAGCUGGAGAUCUGUGAGCUGCUGCUGGGGCAUGGAGCUGCUGUGUCACGGACAAACAGGAGAGGAGUCCCACCUUUGUUUUGUGCAGCACGUCAGGGGCAUUGGCAGAUUGUUAGACUGCUGUUGGAACGCGGCUGUGACGUGAACCUAAGUGACAAGCAAGGCCGGACGCCCCUCAUGGUGGCUGCUUGUGAAGGGCACUUGAACACCGUGGAAUUCCUUCUUUCAAAAGGUGCUGUCCUUUCUUCUCUAGACAAAGAGGGUCUGUCAGCAUUAAGCUGGGCUUGUUUGAAAGGUCACAGGGCAGUGGUCCAGUAUCUGGUUGAAGAAGGAGCUGCGAUAGACCAGACAGACAAGAAUGGCCGCACACCCCUGGACCUGGCCGCCUUCUAUGGUGAUGCUGAGACAGUGCUGUACCUGGUGGAGAAGGGAGCCGUGAUCGAGCAUGUGGACCACAGUGGGAUGCGGCCCUUGGACAGAGCCAUCGGCUGCCGGAACACAUCCGUGGUCGUGGCGCUACUCAGAAAGGGAGCCAAAUUAGGAAAUGCUGCUUGGGCGAUGGCCACUUCCAAACCUGAUAUCUUGAUUAUACUUUUACAGAAAUUAAUGGAGGAAGGAAAUGUGAUGUACAAAAAAGGGAAGAUGAAAGAGGCAGCCCAGAGGUACCAGUAUGCCUUAAGGAAGUUUCCUCGAGAAGGAGUCGGAGAGGACAUGAGACCCUUCAACGAAUUAAGGGUUUCCCUCUAUCUCAGUUUGUCUCGAUGCCGAAGAAAAACAAACGACUUUGGCAUGGCAGAGGAAUUUGCUUCCAAGGCUCUCGAAUUGAAGCCCAAGUCCUAUGAAGCCUUUUAUGCCAGAGCAAGAGCAAAGAGAAACAGCAGGCAAUUUGUGGCAGCUCUGGCUGACCUGCAGGAGGCUGUGAAACUCUGUCCCAACAAUCAGGAAAUCAAGAGGCUUCUGGCCCGCGUAGAAGAGGAGUGCAAGCAACUCCAGAGGAGUCAACAGCAGAAACAGCAGGGCCCGCCACCAGCUCCACCCAAUGACUCCGAGAAUGAAGAGGACGCCCCGACCCCUGGGUUAAGUGACCACUUUCACCCUGAGGAGAUUGAAGAGGAAGAAACUUCUCCCCAGGAAGAAUCCAUUUCCCUGACUCCCAGAUCCCAGCCAUCCUCAUCGGUCCCUUCUUCAUACAUCCGAAACCUUCAAGAAGGGUUACAGUCCAAAGGAAGGUCUGUAUCGCCACAGAGCAGGGCAGGAAUUGGCAAGCUCCUAAGAGAACCUGUGGCCCAGCCUGGGCUGGUCCUGCAACCCUCCAAACAGGCCCAGAUCGUGAAAACCAGCCAGCACCUGGGCUCUGGCCAGCCUGCUGCGAGAAAUGGCAGCAUCAAAGUUCACAUCUCUUCUCAGAACCCUCCUCCGAGUCCCAUGCCAGGGAGAAUUGCUGCCGCUCCUGCUGGGAGCAGAAUCCCGCAUUUGGAGGGAGCAGGUACUUUCACUACAGGAGCUGGUUGUGGCCACUUUGGGGAUCGGCCAGGCCCCAGCCAGAAUGUCCGCCUGCAGCGCGGUGAGAGUGUCCCUGCACACCCUUUACCAGGUAAGACAAAAACCACAGAGAGGCUUCUGUCUCAUGCCUCCGCGGCUGUGGAUGCAGCUGCUCCAAACCAAGGUGGGCUGGCGACCUGCAGUGACAUGCGACACCCGGCUUCCCUUACCAGCUCAGGCUCUUCUGGUUCUCCAUCCAGCAGCAUAAAGAUGUCAAGUUCAACCAGUAGUUUGACUUCGAGCAGCAGUUUUUCAGAUGGCUUCAAGGUCCAAGGACCAGAUACUCGAAUUAAAGACAAGGUUGUAACCCACGUUCAGAGCAGUACAGCGGAGCACAGACCCCGCAACACGCCGUUCAUGGGCAUCAUGGAUAAGACUGCAAGGUUCCAACAGCAGAGCAAUCCUCCAGGCCGCGCAUGGCACUGUCCGGCGGCAGAGGGGCUGCUGACAAACACGUCUUCUGCAGCUGGCCUGCAGUCUGCUAACACUGAAAAGACAUCUCUCAUGCAAGUGGGAGGAUAUAAUAAUCAAGCCAAAACAAGUGUCCACAAUGGGGCACAGGUGAAGGAGCUAGAAGAAAACAAGUGCCAAAUUCCAGUCCACUGUCAAGAGAACAGGAUAACUAAGACUGUUUCUCAUCUGUACCAGGAAAGUAUCUCCAAACAGCAGCCUCAUAUCAGUAAUGAAGCCCACAGGAGCCACCUCACUGCAGCAAAACCAAAGCGAUCGUUCAUAGAGUCAAAUGUGUGAGCCUUAAGAAAGCCCCAUUUGUGGAAUUUGGAAAAGUGUGUUGUUGACUCCUGGUGGUAAAUUAAAUAGUUUUUUCAUCAGAAAAGUUUUUUAGCCAUUUUCUUUUUCCUUGGGGGUGGAUCUGAUGCCACUGAUAUAUCUAAAACGUGGGAUAACACUUCUUUAAUAGCUAGAAGUUACAAUAAAUAAGAAUGCUAAGCAGAACUGAAAACUAUAUCAAGUUAAAAU